GGGCUGCUUGAGUUGCUGCACAUUUUUCCCUGAUGUCAGGUAUAGACAUGUGAAAGAGCAGAGAGAGAGAGUGAGAGUCUGUCAGUCUGUUUGAUUCUGGCUCAUGCAAAGAACUUAAAACAUCUCUGAUUAGUGUCCCGGUGUGGUGAGGUCACACCGCCUUUGCCCUCUGGAUAUGGGACUCAUCUGUCUGACAGUUCUUGGGUUUGAAUGAAGGUUUGAUAACAGGGGCUGACCGAGGUGCAAUAAAGUAAAAAAUCAGCUAGAGCCCACCAAAAAGAAUCAACAUGAAUCCCAUUCAGAAAGACAUGGAGCUGCUGAGUAACAGCAUGGCUACUUAUGCCCAUAUAAAAGAAAAUAUGGAGAGCUUUGCACUGCACUUCAUGUUGGGUGUAUGUUUGGGUCUUCUCCUGGCCCUGGUCCUCCUCAUCCUCUGCAUUUCCUGCAGACCACAUUCAAAGACAAAGACACCCUCCUCACCAGAGAAGAGAUGCCUUAAAGAGUCCAGCGGGGAAGAGGAAGACAAAGAGGAGGAGGAAAGUGAGGCUGGAGACAACGAGGACUUAGAAGUCCCGACAGUCACCAUGAGCCCCAUGAGCGAUCAGAGCGAGUGGAACGGGACUAUUAUGAGCGUAAAUGUCUUUACUUCAGCAGAGGAGCUGGAGAGAGCCAGGAGAUUGGAGGAGAGAGAACGUAUCGUCAGGGAGAUCUGGCGGAACGGACAGCCGGAUAUUUUGGUGACUGGCACGGGCACGCUCGGUCGAGUUCACUAUCACUAGUGGCACGAUUUCUCUCAUGGACAACACUUUCUUUUUUUUUUUUUUUAAAUAGAUCUGAAAUGCCAAAGCAGGGCCAUUUCUGACCAUUAUGUCGACCGGAGGGUUGCUGGGGGUGUGGAGGGGCGGCUACUGCAUUAGUGCCACCCUAGCUGUUGGUGCCCUAGGCGACUGCCUAGUUUGCCAAUUCCUACAAAUGGCCCUGUGCCAGACAUGGAUGACAUGGAUGAAAUCUUCCUUUAAAGACUCCAUGAAAUCAAAAUUUGAGUUUUGUGUCUUUAAGUCCACAUAUAUUAGCUUUUUAAGCCAUUUAUGUGCUUGAACAGUGGUGCUCAACUGGUCAAAAAUGGGUCGCAGGUCUGUUCCAAUAGGGACAGGAGGGACUGGACAGUAGGUUAAACAAUGCUACAUGCAAAUAAAAUGAAACUAACAAUACAUGCAUAGUUAGGGUAGUAAAAAGGGCUUAUCAACUAUCAAAACUGAAGAACACAUUCCCAUUUUUUUUUUUUGGUGUUGACAUCAAUAGCUGUGUGUUCAAUCAAAUUCUACAAUAUUUUGACUCUGAUUCAUCCGUCACUUGGUAAAAUGGUUGAUAUUUAUACAAUAUCCGGCCCAGUUUGUUUGGGUUAGGCUGGUAAAUCACAAUCCUACUGUUAUUUGUGCAGUUGUAAAAUUGUAAAUGUUCCAAUUCAGCCUUUGUCAUGUUAAUCAUUUUGCAUGAUGUCCAGAAGCAAUACCAGUUGAGGUACUGUUCUAGAAUACUCUUAAAAGUUGACCAAAAUUAACAUAUCUAGGAGUUAUACACAUUUCAAAUGUAGUCUUCUAAGAAAACAGACUAAAAAAAUUACACUACACUACACUGAUUUUGUCCAAUCAAAUGCUCUCUAGAAUGAGCGUGUCCCAACUAGCAAGUAGUAAUGCAGUGUUCCAUUCUAAGUCAGAUGUGGGAUAUUCCUACUUGAUAUAUCUCCGAUCUCCGACCAUAAAUGUACUGAAUUGCCCGGUGCUCGGAAAAUGACAUUUAAAGAAACAAAACUGUAAUACUCCUUUUAUCUUAACAGGUGUUGGACUGUUUACCAUAUGCGAGAGCAUAAUGGUCAACUUGGAUCAUGUGUCUUUACACCAAUCGUAUAACGGUCCUGACAUCAAUGAACUGCGUUCAGUGUUAAGUAAAUCGGCGUUUGUGGAUAUCAUGGAAAUGAAUGGGUUGAGCCAAAAACCCUGCUGAAAAAAAUUUAUAGAAAGCCUCACAGAAAUUCUAAUGAUUUUAAUGCUAAUUGUAUUGGUUUUAAUGGAAACUAUAAUGGUCCGGGUGGGUCUUUACUGGGAAUGUGUUGGCUUCCAUUGGUGGCUUGUUAGGUCUAGUGUAUACCAUUAGAGACCAAUACAAAUGGAAACCAUUAAAAUCCUAAUGGAAUAUGACUCAAAACACACUAGACUCGUAAUUGUAUUCGUAAUGGAAACCAUUUGAACUUCUAUAGUAUUUUUUAGCAGGGAAAUGAGGUGUUUCUUCACAAAAGUAGUUUAUUUAGCGUACUGAAACAUCUCUGAGAACAGCCUCUGGUCUCCUUGCCAAUGUACCACCGCAUUACGCUUAGUUUUGCUAACCUUGUAGGCUCCCCUUGGUAGGGGUUCUGGAUAAACGAUGCUAUGCAAUGCCAUAACUUGUUCUACAGGUGUAUGAUUAUGAAAAGAGAUGAUAAACGACCAUGUUUUACACACGUAUCUCCACAAAUGUUUGCUAAACAAGUUUUGUUAUCAUGUAAUGUCAUCAUUUUUACUCAUUGAUGAUUUUUAUUUGCUUAAAAGUAAUUGUUUAUCAUAAACUUCAUUCCUCUACAUGGGUGCAGCCAUCACACACCUACAUCUCUGUGAAAUCGGAGUUCAGGAUUUCCGUGCUUGUUUUUGGAAGACCGAUUUCGAGUUUCCGAGUAGGAGGGUGGAAAUUCCGACUUUCCGAGUUGAAUGGAACACUUUUUUGUCUGUGACGUACCUAAGGCCUAUUGGCUUUAUGUUUUAGUUUUUUAAAGGGAAAAGUCCUUAUGUCUCCAAUAUAUCCUGUUUCAACAAAGUUAGGUAUAAGAAAUAUGUCAACACAGGUACAAAAACUGAUUUCAUGAGGUUUUCAAAAAAAGGAUUGGGUCAUUUUUUUUGUGGUUGGGUUUACAAGCACUUGCUUAUUUUGAUUUGAAAAAGUGCUAUGUAUUUGAUGUGUCUGUAUAUACAGUUUAGCAUUUAAAGAAUGUGUUUUGUAUAUAUACGUAUUUUCUAUUAAAAUAAUUCCAAUGA